CGCUUGACAUCUUCCGAUUUCAAUUUCAUUCACAACCGUCCGCCGCUGCUUGCUCAUCCCCACCGUCAUCAUGGCCAUCGAUGGUACCUCUCAGCCGCUAUCAGACGUCCUGCCUACCUCUCAAUCGAACCAGGGCAGCCACGUCUACUCGAACGACACUCGCGUCACAGGCUACGAGCCCUUGAUUUCGCCCUCGCUCCUCCUUCAUGAGAUCCCUGUACCUCCCAAGGCGCAGCAGGUCAUCGCCAGAGCACGAGCCGAGGCUUCAGCCGUCAUCAAUGGCAAAGAUGAUCGAUUGCUCGUCGUAGUCGGCCCAUGCUCAAUCCACGAUCCUGAGCAGGCAAAGGAGUACGCCUCAAGGUUGGCAAAGAGCGUUGACCAGUACCGCGGGGAGCUCGUUAUCGUCAUGCGAGCCUACUUCGAAAAGCCUCGAACUACAGUUGGCUGGAAGGGCUUGAUCAAUGACCCUGAUAUCAACGGCACUUUCCAGAUCAAUCGUGGUCUCAAGAUUGCCCGCAAGCUACUCGUCGACCUCACGUCUUCUGGUGUCCCCGUCGCAUGCGAGGUUCUCGACACCAUCUCACCGCAGUACACUUCUGACCUCUACUCGUGGGGAGCAAUUGGUGCGCGAACAACCGAGUCGCAGCUGCACCGAGAGCUCGUUUCCGGCCUCUCAAUGCCAAUUGGCUUCAAGAAUGGCACUGAUGGCGGGCUCGGCGUUGCUGUCGACGCCAUCCGUGCAUCGUCGCAACCUCAUGCCUUUAUGGGAGUCACCUCUCAAGGCCUGGCCGCCAUUGUCAAGACGGCUGGCAAUGCCGACUUGCACAUUGUUCACCGUGGUGGCUCAAAAGGCACCAACUACGAUGAAGCCUCUAUCGCAUCAUCUCACGAGCAGCUGUCCAAGGCUCUGCCUUCCCGCCAUCCUUCCAUCAUGGUCGAUGCCUCCCAUGGCAACUCGAGCAAGGACUACCGCAACCAGCCAAAGGUCAUUGCGUCGGUCGCCGAUCAAUUGUCUAAGGGUGAAAAGGCCAUCACCGGUGUCAUGAUCGAGAGUCACAUCAACGAGGGCAAACAGGGCGAGCCCAAGGAGGGCAAGGUCGAGGAGCUUCAGUACGGCGUCUCCAUCACCGACGGCUGCGUAAGCUGGCAAACUACUGAGCAGCUUCUGUCGCAACUGAGUCAAGCGGUCCUCUCGCGCAGAAAGAUCGCAACGCAGGCUUGAGCUGUAUAAUAGCAUUUCCCUAUCCAUCCGGUCCUACCGUCUCGCUGUGACAUCUUCUUCUCCGCGCUCAAGCAAAGACUUUGCCGACCGCAAGCUCGUCCACCUUCUUCUCUCUUUGCAGCUUCUCCUUCUUGGCCCGCAAUGCCUCCUGAUUCGCCGAGCGGGUCUUGUACUCCUGGCCCUUCUGA